GAUGCUUCUGCGCGCGCCGUGGCUUCUCGCUCGGAGCAAACGCGGCGGCUUCGUGCGCUGGAGUUUUGCGUUUUCUUCUGCAAAAAUGCCGGUGGAUCUAAGCGAGUGGGGCGGAUCGCUGAGCCUCCCGGAGGUAGAGGAGAAGCCUGCGAAUCCGUUGCGGGUCUGCUACGGGACGCUGGAAAUCGACGAGCUCGGGAAAGUGCUCACGCCCACCCAGGUCAAGAAUCGCCCAACGAAGAUUGACUGGGAUGAUUGUGACCCUGAGAAACUCUAUACUUUGGUUCUUACUGACCCUGAUGCACCUAGCAGGAAAAACCCAAAGUUCAGGGAGUGGCACCACUUCCUGGUGACCAACAUGAAGGGCAAUGACAUCAGCAGUGGGCGUGUCCUCUCGGACUAUGUUGGAUCCGGGCCUCCUAAAGGAACAGGGCUCCAUCGGUACGUGUGGCUGGUCUAUGAACAGCCGCAGCAGCUCAACUGCAAUGAGCCCAUCCUGAGCAACCGCUCUGGGGACAAGCGUGGCAACUUCCAGGUGGCGAGCUUCCGCAAGAAGUACAAGCUGGGGGCGCCCGUGGCCGGCACGUGCUACCAGGCCGAGUGGGAUGACUAUGUGCCGAAACUCUACGAGCAGCUCUCCGGGAAAUAGAGCCGGGCUCCUUUUUCUUGCUCCAACGCCCUCUUAGAGCACCCCCUUUCCCUGUAGUGUUACGAAGUCACUCACACCCUGAGCCUCUCGUGUUGGCAGGCAUGGGGACGGAUGCUCUUGACUUGGUCCUCUGCUUGGCUGCACUUGGCUGGCUGGCAGCGGGCACAAUCCACAGAUGCCGCAAUAGAGUUGGUUUGCUGUUGAGGUUGCAAGUUUUCCCUGCUUUGUGUGCUUCUCUUCAUGGGCCUUGUACAUCCAGGGUGAUGUUUUGGAUUUGUUUGGGAAGGAGAGGAGUUUGAAGGACAUCCAGAAAGGUAACAGGUCUCCCCAAGGUUCAUCUAUAUUGCUGAGCUGUUAAAAUCUCGUAUUUCCCCUUGGAAUGAUGCUUUGUUGGGGAUCAAACAUGGCACAAAAAGGCAAAAGGGGAAGCAGCUUUCCCCCCACUCCCCUUUCCAAGUGGCAUUCCCUGCCAUAUUUGGGCCAGACUUCCACAUUGUGGACGUUACUCCAUACAGCCCAAAAUUGCAGUAAGUGAUGACAUGGUGAUUUGAAGAAGAAUUUUAUUAAAUGAGUUGCUGACUAUCCCCCCUUUUCUUUUAGGAAGGAUUUACUAAGCUAAGACUGAGUCCCUUAUUUGGAGAGAGAGUAUUCCUGGAAAUAAUUAUUUCAAAGGAAAUGAUGGUUCAUCCCAAUUUCCAGGUUAUGUCACCUUUUACUUUGCAAGUCUGCUUCCCCAUGUUUCUCUUGCUGUACCAAAACACUCGGCUAUUAGAGGCAUUUCCGCUACAUCCAGGUCGCUGUUGCCAGCUAAGCACAGGUGUUGCCAUCCUUGCAUUGCCAGUGAAAUGGCAGGAAAGAAUUGAGAGGCAGUAGUUAUGCCAGGAAGGCAACAUCAGCUCAGAGGACCAAGUGUUCCGAUUCGUACCAUUUCAUCGCUUUCGCAUCUGUCCCUUUAUAUGCAUGCACCAUCCUUGUGGGCAUCAGCAUCUCCAAGGUGAAUGGUCCACAGUAGGUGGAUUUCUAGGGUAUGCAACUAAGGAGAUACUGUUUCCCAACAUGGCUGUGCGGUCCAUGCUGUGGCGGCAUCCUAUUCGACAGGGACGGACUCCACCGUGUUUAAAUGCUUCUCUCGGACAUAGGUUCUAGCUCUUUCCUUCCUUCAUUAUCUCAGCAGGACCCCCGUUCCCAUAACCUGUUAGAAAUCCUUUAGGAAACCCCGUGAGGGUCAUGUUUUGUCAGUACUGGAUAUGAUUCCCUUCUGCCGUCUCAUUUUCAGUAUUUCUGGAGCAAUGUUAACAAAGUAUGCCUUUUCCCCCCAAAGCUGCUCUUAAACUUGUUAUGGCGAGCCUUUCAACCUUCUUGGAAAACCUUCAAACUGGAAACACAAAGGGCUGCUUGGGCCAAAGCCCUUCGUUGGCAAAAGGGUUUCUACAGAUGCUCUGUUGACAUUUGAAACUUUCAAUUAAAAGCUUGGUAUGUUGA